GUGAAUGUUGUCAACGUGACUGUCAUCAACUAAGGUCGGACGUGCGCGAAGCGGCGGCGGCGGCGGCGCAGAGUCAGACGUCGGUCAGUGCACUCGCUGCGUGCUCGGGAAUAGUUAGGAAGUGGCAGCCAGAGCCAGAACCAGGACGGGGGAGACAGGCGACCAACCCCGCAGGACGACAAAAUGAGGAAACAAGUCGUUGUCUCUGGAUAUCCCCGCCGUCUCUCUGUCUUCAGGGCCAUUUUGUAGCAUUUAGGAUAACUUCUCUGUUAGAUUCUAUUUUUACCGUCUCGCCAGCCACCGUCGCUAGCUAGCUUAGCAGCCGAGCGAGGCUGUCAGGACGCACAGGUACCACCGCUGACGAAGACGAGCGCUCGGUGACAAAAGGAAGGUGGCGAGGUAACGAUGAACCGCUUUCGAAAGUGGCUAUACAAGCCCAAGAGGACGGACCCUCAGCUUCUGGCCCAGUUCUACUAUGCUGAUGAUGAGCUUAACCAGGUGGCUGCUGAGCUUGACAGCCUCGACGGCAGGAAGGACCCUCAAAGAUGUACGCUUCUGGUCAACCAGUUCCGCUCAUGCCAGGACAGCGUGCUGAAUAUCAUCAAUCAGAUCAUGGAUGAAUGUAUUCCCUGCGACCGAGCCAACCGGGACUUCAGUGUCAAGUUCCCCGAGGAGAUUCGUCAUGACAACUUGGCGGGGCAGCUGUGGUUCGGUGCGGAGUGCUUAGCUGCGGGCUCUAUCAUCAUGAACAGGGAGAUUGAGAGUAUAGCGAUGAGACCCUUAGCAAAGGACCUGACUCGCAGCCUGGAGGAGGUACGCAACAUCACCCGAGACCAGGCCCUGCGAGACCUCAAUUUCUACACGGACCGCAUGAAGGACGCACUGCGACAUUUCGACAGCCUUUUUGCUGAGUUUGAACUCAGCUACGUGUCAGCCAUGGUGCCUGUCAAGUCUCCCAAAGAAUACUAUGUACAGCAGGAGGUGAUUGUGCUCUUCUGUGAAACAGUGGAAAGGGCGCUCAAACUGGGCUACCUCACACAAGACAUGAUUGAUGACUAUGAGCCUGCCUUGAUGUUUACAAUUCCCAGACUAGCCAUUGUAUGCGGGUUGGUCGUGUACUCAGAAGGACCUCUCGACCUUAACCGAAAAGCAGAGGACAUGUCCGAGCUCUUCCGUCCUUUUCGUACUUUACUAAAGAAAAUCAGAGACCUGCUGCAGACUCUGACAGAGGUAGAGUUACUGAUGCUGGAGAGGAAUCUCUGUAUCUCUCAGGAAGGAGAGUUACCGACAGGCCAGGAGCAGACGACAAGCAAUGCACCAGCACACAUUGAAGAGAAUCAACCCUCCCGCAGCUCCAGUAAUGUCACCUCCAAGACAGGCGGCGAUGAUGAGCAAAAGCAUCUGUCUCUGUUUGUUUGCCCCAGCCACGAGGAGGAUUUGGCUGAAGUGGAAAAAGGCUGGGAGGAGGUGGAAUCCGAAAAAGGGGAACAAACUGAAGACCUGCUGUGCGAGGAGGCAGAAGAGGCCGAACUCGCUUGUUCCAUGCAGUACGACGAGGAAGAACUGGAGCAGCUCAACAUGAUGGUGUACCGCGUAGGUGACGAGAUGUCCACUUUGCUGUCGCCUCCCAGCCAGGGUCAGUCCCCGGCACGUGUUCCCAACAGAGGGGACGUAGGGAGCGCCAGUGGGGCUUCUAGCACUGAGGCCUCCCCUCUCAGGGUACUGAGGGGAAGAGGAAGGUACGGUAUCUAUUUAGAGGAGGAAGACAGAGUCUUCUACAUGGAAGAUCUGGAACCAGCAGGAGACUGUGUUACCAGCAUCUCAAGAGAACGCCAGAACUGUGUUGCUUCGCCUUCCAAAACUCCAAAGUCUACUCACCUUUUGCAACGUAGCUCAGGUCUGCGGUCGGACACCAUCGGCAACGGUUGGCUUCCUGAAGGAUCCACGGAGCACCGCAGUAAGAACACGCGCUGUCUCAACGCAACGCGCCAGCCGUCAUGUUCAUCCGCUCCUGGCUCUGAACCGUUGCCUUACACCAACGGCUGGGAAUUGGGCUUGGAGGGCCCUGUAAAUGAAACGGCAGAAGUCAUCGCCCACCGUAUGGGUGGCAUGAAACUUUCCGCCACAGUCAUAUUCAACCCUCGAUCCCCCAGCUUGACUGAGCUGGCUGUGGAUAAGAUGCUGUUGCCUCGCCCCUCUGCCUCUGAGCUCGAACCGUGUGGCCCGUUGGUGGCCACUCACUGCUUGCUUAACUCUUGCGUAUGCUGCGGGAGCUGCGAAGAUGCCCACGAGGAUGAGAGUACGGGACUCGGGUUAGGCCUGACUCUAAGAACAGAUAAACCCUGUAAGACCGUGGCCCCCGGCGCCGUCAUCCAGUCCUCUGCUUGCCGGCUGCCCCCGCGAGGAAGGAGGGAACUUUGCCAGCUGUCUCAGGCCUCUUCCCGUUGCUUGAACCAGCCCCUGGAAGAGGAAGGGAGUUGCCAUCUGUGUGAGAAGUGCCUGACGGGUGAGCCGCAACCGGGGCAUCGCACUCAGGGCUGCGGAAACGACGUAGGGGAUGAGAAUUACCAGCAGAGGACUGAAACGAGGCAACAUGCAACUGGAGGCCCACUACGGGACAAAGACAGGCAAGGAAUUAAGGAAUCCAAGAGGGAUACCAAAGAGGAGAUCAGGAAGGCCUCCAGUCUUCACAACUCCCCCCUCAGCUCUGUGUCAGGUAGUGACUGUGAGAGUGUGUCGGUCACCACAUGUAGUCUUUCCAGCAGUGUUUACACUCCCAGCCCCGUCAGCAGCCUCACUCCCAGUUCAGGGACGUCAGAGGACCUGGACCACGAGGAGAUCCGACUAGCUUUGCAAGAUGCCAAGAUGGCUGCCCGAAAUAAGAUUCGCUCACGCUUCCACAGCAGCAGUGACCUCAUCCAUCGUCUCUUUGUUUGUAUAUCGGGUGUUGCCGAUCAGCUACAGACCAACUACGCCAGUGACCUUCGCAGCAUCCUCAAGACACUGUUUGAAGUUAUGGCAACCAAGUGUGAACAGGGAGACAACGAUAAGUUAAAGAAUGGCCCCGUUCUCCGAAGUGCUGUACUAGAGGACUGCGCUCUCUGUCAAGAGACCAUUUCAUCGUCUGAAUUGGCAGCCAAGGCCCGCGAGGGCCAUUUUGAAGAUCCUCCUGACUGGGUUCCUGAUGAAGUGUGCAGCUCCUGCAUUGCCUGCAAGGCUCCGUUCACUGUCAUCCGUCGGAAGCAUCACUGUAGGAGCUGUGGAAAGAUCUUCUGCUCUCGCUGCUCUUCCCACUCGGCGCCGUUGCCACGAUACGGCCAGAUGAAACCCGUUCGGGUGUGCACGCACUGCUACAUGUUUCACGUCACGCCUUUCUACAGUGACAAGGCCAACAUUUGAAGCACAUCGCGAGAGGAAAGGCUACGCAAAGAUGCCGUCGGUCGACGUACCUGCGACGGGGUGGGGCGGAAACCCGGCAAAUGGGCGAAAAAGGCUCUGAUGCCGGUACGUGCUCAUUCUUGACACGUGUCUGCGGAGGAAGCAAUCAAACUUUGAACUGGCGUUGCGCAGCGCAACAUGAAAACGGGCCACCCUAUGAGUGGGAUUGCUUUUCACGUAUAAAUGAAUGGACUUCCUAUUCUUCAGCGAGCUUCCUACAUUCGUGCCAGAGCUCCCUUGGGACUCGGAUUAGUCAAAGAAUGUAAGUCAUGAAAAGUAUGUAAAUACGGAUCAUUCUGGUCACAACCAAUACCGCAAUUUCUGCUGUUCGCACGGGAGCGCUUCACUCAUAUUUACACAAUAUUGAAAGCAGCGAAUGUUCAUUUUGGACUACACCGACACAAAAGUUUGCCUUUUUUCCUCCCAUUUUUCUUGGUGCUUCUCUGCUCAUUCAUAGGAUUAAAGGGAUCUCAGAGUUAUCAUCAGGUGGUCUGAAGGGCCAUCUUGUGGAGAGUGGACCACCUCUCUUCAGCACUGACCCAGAAGCCUUCUUCACCGGUGGUGACUCACAGACUACUAGGUCGCACACUGCUUUUGUCCUCCCCAUUUUAGUGCAAUAUUACGACCAGGGGUGUCAAACUCAUUUUGGUUCAAGGGCCAAAUUCAUGGCGAUGAGAUCUCACGUGGGUCAGAUACUGUUUGGCCAUAGUGAAGAAAAUAAGUAUUUAAACAUCCUGCAAUUCUGCAAGUUCUCCCACUUAGAAAUCCACUAGAAAUUAGAAAUGUCCACUGUGAGAGAGAUGAUUUAAAAAGAAAAAGCCAUAAAUCACAAUGCAUGGUUUUUAACGAUUAUUUGUAUGAUACAGCUGCAAAUAAGUUUUUGAACACCUGAGAAAACAAAAGUUUUUUGUUUUGUUUUUUUAAACCUGUCUUGUUCAGCUGUUUGACACGGAGAAUGGAAGUCAAAGUGUCCAAUUGUUCUGAGCAGUUUUAAUGUUUCACAUUGGAGUAUGACAUACUCCCAUUGUGAUCAUUCAACAUACCUUGUUUAUUAAGACAAAACAGAGAACAGGAAGGGGUUAUGGGGGAACAGAAGAAAAGAAAAACAAGAAAAGAAAAAAACAAAAACAUCAAGAAAUACAUUGAACACCUACACUAACUAUGAAUAUGUUGGUGCUAUCGUCAGCUAGAUGUAUUUUCGGUUGACACCAUGUGAGGGGGCUGUUGACCAGAGAAAGAAGUGGGAGGGGGGUCUAUUAGAUAAGUGAUAGGGAGGGGAGGAAUGUACACAAUCAGCCUGUGAUCUAGAACCUAGUUAUUGUGUGAAUCCCUUGUGAGUGUAAGCCAAUUGUCAACCGACCCUAAGCUAGCCCAUCGCCAGUCCCGGCACCAAGGCGCCCCACCCGAGCACGCCCAAUCACACCCAGCCAUGUACGAGCCCCAUCAAACAUUCGACAGCCACGCAGACAGAGACCCCGUGCGGGCGCCACCCAAGGGUCACGGCCCCAAGCCAGCCCGAGGAGGGAGGGCAGUGCAGCCCAUCCCUCAUCCUGCAGCUCAGCAAAGGGGCCAUUGUCACCCCCCAGGGAACCAAGGUGGUCCCCCGGGCCACAUGUGCCCCCAUCAACCAGCCUUCAUGGAUAGGAAGAGGGGACGCACCAACCACCCACCCCCGUCCGGCCCACGAGCCACAUCCGCAGCCUCCUAACCGACACGGCACACCACUGGACCUCCAACAGCCCACCAAGCCGAGGGCAAGGCCCCCCGCCGGAGAAGGCGACACCCAGCCGACACACCGGCGUCCAGCCAGCGACCUGUGACGGAGCGCAGGGCAGAUACCCAGGCAGAGAAGAGAGGGGAAGGCAGAAGCAGGAGAAUGCCGAGGAGCCGCGGGGCUACCCGGGAUCGGAGCCCCAACCUCCCCCCACUCCCACGGCCAGCAGCCCAGGCAGAGGGGGGGCCACGCCCCGGGAGCCAUGCCAUAGAGAAAAAGUGUGGGACCCACCUACCACCCUAACACUGUGGCUGCCAGGUCCCCAUCGUUCAGCCAUCACCCAGCACUAUGAUGGGAUUGUGUGGGGAGGAUAGUGCGAUGUAUGCAUUAAAAUAGGAGAGCCCGGCUUGGGGCAGUGGGACCGCUGCAUGGAAUUUCUACCCAGCUGCCCGUCCCACCGCCCUUUGCUGGCGCUCCCCCAUGGAGUAUGAUGUAUGUGGUGCAUUAAAAAAGGUGAGGGAAAGGCGUGGCCUGCUCUUGGGAGGUAACCGUGAUGUCACCCGCCCAACAGGUCUCAUCCAUCCCACAACUUUGGUGUGUGAUGCAUUAAAAUCAAGGGGGAGCCGGACCGGGACUGUAUGGCCCUGUCCCAACUCUUCCAGGGAGGAAUGAAUAAAUACCCGACCAACCCCGGGGAAGCGCGAGGGCCCCGACCAACCCCCGCCCCAGACCACCCCCAGCGCCCCCGCAUCCAAACCACCCCUACCCCUGCCACCCGAGCACCCACCCUGCACCCCGAACAGGCGCCACGGCAAGCGCCAGAGACCAGGGGUUAUCUCCCCCACCGGCAGCGGACAACAAACCCCACCCAAGGCCCCAUGGGCCCCAAGAGGCCCUGCCAACGACCCCACAAAUGUUAAUAUUUGGUACAGUAGCCUUUGUUUGCAAUUACAGCGCUCAAACGUUUUCUGUAGUUUUUCACCAGAUAUACACACACUGCAGCAGGGAUCUUGGCCCAUUCAUCAGACAGGUUUCUGGGCUGUCGCUGAGAAGCUCCCUCCAAUGGUUUUCUAUUGGAUUUCGUUCUGGUGACCGGCUAGGCCGUGCUAGAACCUUGUUAUGCUUCUUACGGAGCCACUCCCUGGUUUUCUUGGCUUUUUGCUUCAGGUCAUUGUCAUGUUGGAAGACCCAGCCACGACCCAUCUUCAAUGCUCUGACUGAGGGAAGGAGGUUGUUCCCCAAAAUCUCACAACACAGGGCCCCAGUCAUCCUCUCUUUAAUACAGUGCACUCGUCCUGUCCCAUGUGCAGAAAAACACCCCCAAAGCAUGACGCUACCACCCUCAUACUUCACAGUAGGGAUGGUGUUCUUGAGACAGUACUCAUAAUUCUUCUUCAUCCAAACACGGUUAGUGUAAUUAUGACCAAAAAGUUCUAUUUUACUCUUAUCUGACCACAAAACCUGCUCCCAUGAGUCCUCUGCAUCAUCCAAAUGGUCAUAGGCAAACUUAAGACGGGCUUUGACAUUUACGUGUUUAAGCAGGGGAACCUUCCGUGCCAUGCAUGAUUUCAAACCACUACGUCUUACCAACAGUAACCUUGGAAACGGUGGUCUCAGCUCUUUUCAGGUCAUUGACCAACUCCUGUCAUGUAGUUCUGGUCUGAUUCCUCACCUUUCUUAGGAUCAUUGAGACCCCACGAGGUAAUGUCUUUAUUGGGGCUCCACUCCGAUUGACACUGUUUAGCUGCUUCCAUUUUCUAAUGAUUGCUCCAACAGUGGACUUUUUUUCACCAAGCUGCUUCGCAAUUGCUCUUUAGCCCUUUCCAGCCUUGUGGAGGUGAAUAAUUUUGUAUCUGGUGUCUUUGGAGAGCUCUUUGGUGUUAACCAUGUUACAAGUUUCAGCCCUACUGAUUGUAUGGGGUGGACAGGUUUCUUUAUGCUGCUAUCCACCUCAAGUGCAUCUGAUUCAAGAUAAUACAUGGAGUGUAGUUGGAGUUUUAGUAGGCGGACUCACAGGGUCAGAAUUCUAGCUGAUAGACAGGUGUUCAAAUACUGUACUUAUUUGCAGCUGUAUAACAAAAUCGUUAAAUAAUCAUGCAUUGUGAUUUCAGGCUUUUUCUUUUUAGAUUAUCCCUCUCACAGUGGACAUGCAACUUCAAUGAAAAUUUCAGACUCCUCCAUGAUUUGUAAGUGGGAGAACUUGCAAAAUAGCAGGGUGUUCAAAUACUUAUUUUCUCCACUGUUUUAACUCGCAGGCUGCCAUCGAAGGCACUAGUCCAUUCCAUUUAGACUGGGAGUUUUACGUGGUUUUGACUACCAGUCUAGACAAAUUGGACGUCUAGCGCCAUCAAUGGCACACAACUAUGAGCUUUUACAGCUAUUCCUUUCAGGUUAUGUUAAUUGGACAUCUAUUGUUGUCAGUGGAAGCCAAAGAGUUCAUUUUCAGUCACUCCCUUGUCAUUUUAAGGUACUUAUGGAUCACUUCCUGUACAUUUUGGGGCAACUCGGGGUCACUUUCUGUACAGUUUGGCUCAUUUCCCAUCGAUUUUAGCCUUUCUGGCUCGCUUCAGGAUCAAUGUUCUGGGGGCGUUUUGGAGUCACUUGCUUGUUAACUCAUUGGCUGCCAUUGAUGGCAUUAGACUUAUAAUCCAUUUUGACUGGGAGGCGGUUAAAAAAAAAAAAUUACAGCAGGGAUGUCAAAAUAAGAGCACGUGAUACGACAAUAUACCUAUCAGACAGAACAACCCUAAACAAUCUUCCGUACAUGAAAGUGGGCAUUGUCAUUUUGCUAUAACUCUGCGCAGCUUCUCAGGCAUUUCAUAAUCAGGAAUAUGAUCGCUCUUAUUGCCCUGAAUAUACAAGCUCACUUCGGAAUGCUUUCUUUUAUAAAGAACAAAAGCGGCAUAGCCGUGUUAUGUAUCAUGCAGUCAUUUAAAGGCAGAGUAUUCUAUUAUUUCAGAGCUUGGUCUUAUUUUGUAAAAUGACACUACAUUUCCUUGAUGGGAGCUGUGUACAUUAAAAAAGGUUCUAUCAUUUGAAAUUAAAUGUGAACUGAAAUAAAUUACUUUUGGGGCAGUGAUGGUUCGACUCAUUUUAAGGGACUUCAAAAUGUCAUGUUAUUCAGGGGCGGAGCUUAGGGGUGUGCUGCCGCACCCUGGCCUCAAAAGGGGCAGUUUGUGGGCAUAAAGAGGGUGUGGUUGGGCGUGGGGAGGGUCAUACAGAAAAAGGUAAGAUACAGUCUUGUGAAAAAAUUAGGACACCACAUGAAAUAUUCAGUUCUUUAUUAAGAAAUGCUCACAUAUCAAUGUCCGAUCUUGGUUUUCUUUAUCUCUGGAAAAGAAAGUGAUUUAAUUGCAGGUAAACAAAAAAAAUUAACAUUGUUUUACUCAUUAAACCAAUUAUAUCAACAAAAAUGAAUAUUGUAAAUGAGGAAAAAGUUAGGACACUACCACCUAAUCGCUAGUGUUACGCCCUUUGGCUGAAAUAACUUCAGUGAGACGCUUUUUGUAGCCAUCUACCAGUCUUUGACGUCUGUUUGAAGAAAGUUUGCCCCACUCCUCAACGCAGAAUAUUUUCAGAUCUGAGAUGUUUGAGAGUUUUCUUGCAUGUAGAGCCUGUUUCAAGUCAUCCCACAGCGUCUCAAUGGGAUUAGGAUCUGGGCUUUGACUCGACCAUUCCAGGACUCAUUUCUUCCUUUUCAGCCAGUCCUUGGUGGAUUUACUAGUAUGUUUUGUAGAGCUGGGAAUCUUUGGGCACCUAACGAUUCGAUUACGAUUACGAUUCAAAGGCUCCGAUUCGAUUAUAAAACGAUUAUUGAUGCACCCCACUACUUUUUUUUAAUUUUUUUUUUUUUUAUGUUUUGUACAUUAGUUCCAAAAUUUUUCAGAAAUACUCUCAGGCUAAACCAAACUACUAUUUCAGUAUCAAGUUAACAUAUAGCAGUAAAAAAAUAUACAAAAAUAACAGUAAAUAAAAAACUCUAGUCCCCAUUCUAUAUCAGCAGCUUUAAACUACAUUCAAUUAUUUUAAUGUUGUGAAUCAACCGUUAAAGUUGUUAAAAUUGCUCCCGUCAUUCCAUAAUUUCCCUUUUGUCUACUUUCGACAUGUGAAAGUUUUAAAACUAUUUUAAAGAUAGAUUCCAGUCAAUAUUUUACCGAUUUAGGAGUAUUUUAGAUAAAAAGUUAAUUAGGUUUGCUUGGAAGGUUCGCUACAACAGCCUUGCAGGGAAGUCUACUGCUUUAAGAUGGCGGCCGUUUACUACACCCGCAUCUAGCUUUUUGUAGAUGUGCUGCUAACGCUACCGAAUCUAUGUUGCAUCUAGUCCUAUAUAAAUGAUAUCUAACGUAACAUUAUGUGGAUGUACUUUGUAGCAGCUUUUCGGCAGCAGUCAGGUAUGUUGUUGUUUUUUUUUAUCUCGUGGCAUGAGUUGAGCUAGAGCCGUGAGUUGAGCAUUGGCAUUACCCGAGGGGCCGGGUAAUGAGAAGCAUGAUUUUUAGCUACUCUCGCUCCGUUCCUCAUUGUUCCGAAGACCGCGCGGCGCGCUGAGUGUGUUGUACUUCCGCUUUACUUGCCAUAUUUCAAUAAUCGGAAUUUGGAUGUUUGUGAAUCGUUCUCGAAUCUUCCACGGCCGAAUCGCGAAUAAUCUAAGAAUCGGAAAUUUUGCACACCUCUAAUGUUUUGGGUCAUUGUCAUUUUGCAGGGUCCAGUUUCACCUCAGCUUUAAUGUUUUCACAGAUGAUCUCACAUGUUCCUCAAGCACCCUUCGAUACACGAUAGAAUUCAUGGUGGAUUCUAUCAUGGUGAGCUGGCAAAGUCCUGCUGUAGCAAAGCAUCCCCAAACCAUGACACUUCCACCUCCAUGCUUCACAGUUGGUAUGAGGUUCUUUUCCUGGAAUGCUGUAUUGGGUUUAAGCAAAACAUGUCCUCUGUUCUAGUGUCCAAAUAAUUCAAUUUUAGAUUCAUCUCUCCAACUAGCAUUUUUCUAGAAGUCCUGGUGUUUGUCUACAUUCACUCUGGCACGCUCCACUUCUUGGCGAGCAAAGGUUUCCUCCUUGCACACCUCCCAUGAAGGUGAAACUCUUAAAAGUCUCUUUCUGCUGGUAGAGUCAUGCACUUUAACAUCAACUGUAACAUGAGCUUGCUGUAGGUCUCGUGAUGACAUUUUAGCAUCUUUUGGUCUGGUCUCGGAGGUCUGGCUUGGACGGCCAGACAUGGGCAUGUUGGCAGUUGUUUUGACUGUCCUCCACUUGUAGACUAUUUUCUGGAUGGAAUAACUGAUUUUAUAUUGUUUGAGAUCAUUUGAAAUCCCUUACUAGAGGGACAAUUUUCUUUUUAAAGGCUUCAAACAGCUCCUUUGAACUUACCAUAGUGUUUUCUCUCACUUCAGCGGUCAGGGGCACGCCAAACUAAAUGUGAGGUUUAAAUAAGGCAAACCUCCUUCAAAAACUGAGUAAUGAUGUUUUAAUCAUGUACACCUGAUGUGAUACCCCUGUGUGUGAUUUUAGCCAUUUUAAGUGGGAUUGAUUGUGGGGAUGUCCUAAUUUAUUCAACAGAAACAGCAUUUAUUUAAAAUUACAUUUUACAGGCGGCACGGUGGCUGAGUGGUUAGCACGUCUGCCUCACAGUUCUGAGAUCAAGAGUUCAAUCCCGGGCUUCAGCCUUCCUGUGUGGAGUUUGCAUGUGCUUCCCGUGCCUGCGUGGGUUUCCUCCGGGAACUCCGGUUUCCUCCCACAUCCCAAAAACAUGCAUGGUAGGCUGAUUGAACACUCUAAAUUGUCAGUAGGUAUGGGUGUUUGCGUGAAAGGUUGUAUGUCUCCUUAUGCCCUGCAAUUGGCUGGCGACCAGUUCAGGGUGUCCCCUGCCUACUGCCCGUAGUUAGCUGGGAUAGGCUCCAGCACCUCCGCGACCCUCGUGAGGAAAAGCGGCAAGGAAAAUGAAUGAAUACAUUUUACAGAAAGUUAUAAAAAAAAAUUUAAAAAUCAGUUUUAAUUGUUCAGUUUUAUUUCUAUUACUUGAAUCUCUCAAGAUUGUUAAAAUUGAUAUUAAGUAAUAAGUAUCCACAUGACCAAAUAUGUUAGAAAACACACAGGGUUCCAUAGGGUGUCCUAAUUUUUUCACAUGACUGUAGUGUUAAAAUAUCUCUGGGCACUUUCACACUAGAACAGUGUUCUUUUUCUCAGCUUUAAGCGCACCCUGCUUCGCUUGUGAAUGUAACUGGAGCAGGGUGCGCUUUGCUACUUUAUGUGCAGUGACGCUCUAGGUUGUGAUGGUACAUGGAGCAUCCUUGUAAGCUGAAGUACAGCACGGAAGCUAUUCAAAAUCAGCAAUGCAAAGAUGACAGUGGAUUAGCCAUUACUAAAUGUUGUGCUGUGGUAAACAGUUACAUUUGAUACACAGAAUCGGGUUCUAAAUGUGGCGAUAGUGUUUUGCAUGCUGUUGCUGAAUGUACCGUGUGAGUGACUGGCCAAGACAGGCGGAGCCUCUCGGCACGGCCGUUUUGUGAGUCUCGCUCUGCUGGAAGUGGCGACAAUUUGACAGUCCAAAAAGUCACGAAAGUGAAAGCAAUAGCUCGCCUGUGUGUCUUUGGGUCGAAUUCAAACUUACAUGCAUACAAACAUCUGCUUCACAAAACAGUUAUCAAAAAUUGACACAUACAGAUGAAUGUUUAUAUUAUCAUUGCAAAAUAAAAGUAAUUAAAAAAAAACUAUAUACAAUUCAACUUGUAAAAAUAAUGCUAUGCUACAUUAUGUCCAUGCGCCCUCCCCUCCCAGGAAGCAGGUAUUUCCUCUUCUAUUUGUCCAAUAAAUAAGUGCGCCUUUAAUCCACGUGUUACUACUCUGAGAAGUUCGGUUGGCGCAGUGUGAAUGCUGAACUUUUUCAACAACUUAUUUGCAAGUAUUACUGUGAGGUAGCUCUCCAACCAGACCCUGGUCGUCUUGGUCUAGUGUGAAACCGCCCUCUGUCACCCCCUGGUCAUCUGGAGAGGCCCUCAACAAAUUUUCCAUUAACACCAACACUCAAGGUCCACUCAAGGGACAGGUUUUAACUCAUCGCAUCCAGGCCCUGUACAAAUUUGUUCCGCCACCGGUGUGAUUGACAACAAUAAACCCAGGGGUGAAACUGGGCCGGAACGGUCAGUAACGUUGCUUUGAUUCCGAAAAUAUGACAGCAACCAAGGGGCGCUGGAAGUCACGCACAGCAGGGGGUGCUGAGGAUCUUAUUUUGUUUUUCCUAUCCAAAUUUCUCAUGCUCGCACCUUUUCUCCAUACAAUGGCAGUACACACCCAUGCUGGAUAUUUUACCUACUACUACUAGGCUACUACAAAGACCGCGAUCUAUUUCACCUACAGUGUGUGUUAAUGUUUUUGUAUUGGAAAUAAAAGCUCUCGUGUAUUAUAAUGCACCUAGACAGCGUAAUGACAAACAAACAUUUGAAAACUAUAAGGUUCAAUAAUCCUCGGUUGAAGACCCUCAACACAACAUAAAUUGCACACAAAUAUAGUUGUCUGUUUAAUUGGCUGAUAGACUGACACGUGAGCAAUAUGGAUAGUUAGCUCUGAUUGCUUGUGAUUCACUUAUGUGCAAAAAAAAAAGAGAGGUAACGACUUAUAAAAACAGGAUAAUGCAACUUAAUUUUUUUUUUCAUAUUUAAGAGAAAGAGUUGAACAACUUGAUGAAAAGGCUGACGCAAAUAAAGCUUGUAAAACAGCACCCAGGGAUGAUGAAGGUAUCCCAGACUCACAGCAGGGGGAGGAGGAGCUAGAGACCCUGCUAGAAGAAACAGCUGAACCCUCCCAACAACAUGCAGGUACAAAUAAUGCUGCUAGCCAUACUGCCUACCCAGGUAUGUGGAAAAUUGAGCAAUAUGAACAGUUCAGACAAAGAAUUGAAUGGCUGUAUGUGCAAAAUGGUUAUAUAAUCUAUUUCACCUACAGUGUGUGUUAAUGUUUUUGUAUUGGAAAUAAAAGCGCCCUUCAUACACGGCAAUUAAGCAUAGCCCCCCCUUCCGGUGGCCGAAAAUGUCAUUGCAUGCAAUUGACUUUCCUAUAUAUGAAUUUAAAAUGAAGACUUUGCCGGUAAAAUGUUGUCUAUAGAAGUUGUAAAUCAACCAAACAACGAAAAUGAAUGAUUUUUUUUUUUUUUUUAAGUAUAAUGGGUCAAAAUUCUUUUUUGAACACAUCAUGUGACUAGCACUUUAGACACUGCCAUUUGUUUUGCUUAGCCAAAACCAGCUGAGGACAGAUUCUGGCUGGAAUAUUCAGUCAAACAGGAUGCAGUGUCUACUUCUCCACUAAGUUCUCUAAUAUGAUCCGAGCGUAUAUCUUGUAAGUUAAUUUUUAUUGCUGACACUGUGUUUCGGGGUCAUCAUGUUUUGCCCCUUCCCCGCCACAAAGGUCAAACUCCGCCUAUGGCGUCUGUGUAUUAUAAUCCACCUAUGGCAUCCGUGUAUUAUAAUGCAAUUCCUCUCAGAUAGACCGCGCAAUGUACAGUGUAUAUAUGUAUGUAUAGGGCUGUCAAACGAUUAAAAUUUUUAAUCGAGUUAAUUACAGCUCUAAAAUUAAUUAAUCGUAAUUAAUCGCAAUUCAAACCGUCUAUAAAAUAUGCCAUAUUUUUCUGUAAAUUAUAUACAUAUUCUGUAAAAUAAAUGGUUGGAAUGGAAAGAUAAGACACAAGAUGGAUAUAUACAUUCAACAUACGGUACAUAAGGACUGUAGUGGGCAUUUCACUCUACUGUCAUUUAAAUCUGUCUAUGCUGUCCUCACUCCGAAGCGUCUACUUUUUCCAAAGCUAGACAGCUAGUGAACGACGCCUUAAUUAUUCUUCUUCCUUUUUCAUCUGAUUUAUUAAUAAAAUGGCCUCAAACCAUUGUCCUCUUUAGACCGUCGUAAAACUACAAAAUAAAAGUACACAAGCAUUGCAUUAGCAACAACGUUAGCUUAGCACGCUACACAGGUUCACUAAACAUAAACAAAAAGUGUCUCAUACAAAAAACAUAACAUUUCGCUUACUAACAUAAUAUGUACAUUCUUUACAACAACAAUACUUACGGACAAAUCUUGUCCAAGGAUCAUAUAAGCACAACA